AACCCAAAUCAAAUGUCUUCAUCUAUGUCUCUUCUCAGAAGCUCAAUACCAUGGAUUGCAGUUCUGGUUCCACCAUACUUGUUAUUUGCUAGUUUUUCAGGUCAUGGGGUUGUUUCUAUUUCCAUCACAACUUCAGUUUUGGUUGUAUCUACCAUAGCUUUCACAUUCUCAAAACAAAAACAUAAAAUCCUCAAGAAACCAUCAGUCCAAGAAGAAGAACCUCAAAAUGGUAACUUUGGACAUGUUGAGGAAGUUUUAUCACUCCAAAAUCCAAGAAUUGAAAAAGGGGUGGCUCAAAAUGGGAUCUUUAAACAAGUUGAAGAAGUUUUAUCAGUCCAAAAUCCAAGAAUUGAAAAUGGGAUCUUUAAACAAGUUGAAGAAGUUUUAUCAGUCCAUAAUCCAAGAAUUGAAAAAGGGGUGUCUCAAAAUGGCAACUUUGGUCAAGUUGAGCAAGUUUUUUUAGUCCAAAAUCCAAGAAUUGAAAAUGGGGUUGCUCAAAAUGUUAACUUUAAACAAGUUGAGCAAAUUUCAUCAGUCCAAAAUCCAAGAAUUGAAAAUGGGGUGACUCAAAUUCAUGAUUUAUUUUCAGAAAGUGAGAGUCUUGGUGGCCCCUUAUCUUCAAGUGAAGAUUCAGAUAUUGAGUGGCCAUUCUCUGGUGAGUUAGAACAGAGUCCACUAUGCUCAGAUGGUUCAAUUUCUGAUGAAGAAAGCCUUAUUGAAAUAGCACUUCCAAGUGGUCAAUUUGUAAAAGAUAGUCCCAAAUUAUCUUUUCAUCAACAACACCAAAAGGUAGUAUUUGCAGAUUUAGUACCAAAAUCCAUCUUUCAACAACAUUGCUUAAUGGAUUUCUUGGCAGAUAUAAGUGAUGUCUAUGAAGAAGACAAUUUGAUAGAGAUUGACAUAUCCAUGGGAUCCAUCAAAUGUUCAGGAUUUGAGAUUUCAGCAUAAAGUGGCUAUAUUUUAAAUUUUCUUGUUGUCUACUUGUCUAAUACUAAUUUGUUUUUAUCAAGUUACCAACCAGAGUUAUGGUGGAACGAUGAGUAAUCUUUCAUUCUUAAUCAAGAGAUUUCAAAUUUAAAUUUCUGAAUACGAAGUCGUCUAUGUUAGGAAGCGGGAAAGUUUCUAAGUUUUUUUUAUCCUUGAUGGAUUUUGUGCUAGCCAAAUUACAUUUUCUUUGGUUGUGAACAGUGAAGUUUGUGCUAGCUAAUACAUUGAAUUUGCCCAAUGAAAAGACACUUUGGAUACCAAUCAUAAUUGUUUUCUCUUAAUGUACAUUAAAGUGUUGUUAAAAGUUUAAAAGAUCAUGUUCCUAGGCAAAUAAAUAAAUAAGAUUAUUCUAUUUGUAUUU